AUGGAUGUCACCGGCGAUGACCUUGAUCUCCUCCUUUUCCUGGGAGGAGACAAAGUACCAGAAACACCUGUUGGCUCUCCUGCAUCCUCCGACCGGCAGUUCUACGUAUAUGUAUCUGAUGAUGGAUCACCAAGGAGGCCCAGGGCCAGUGACAUGUCAGUCUUCCGGGAAGCUGUUAGGGAUUACCUCGAUUCGGAGCCAACUGUUCUGGAGGUCCACCAUUCCAAUAAGAAAUCCAAGGGGAAGACACGGCAAGUGGAGAUUGAGAGAUUUUUUGGUAUCAAAAUUUGGAAUCAGCAUGUAUCGUCCGUUGAGCUAAGCAAUCGCUUCUCUGAUGUGAGAUUUGUUCGGAUGUCAGCCAUCAGGACUUUAUUGUCCACUCUUUCUGGUAGCUGCGCAAUAGUUGGACUGUUGACAGAGAAGGGAGAGGAAAAAAUGAGCUCUUCUGAGAAGAGCUAUUGUAUAUGGAAAAUGAGGUGUUUGGAUAAGACAAAUGCCUCUGUUUUUUUUGUUUUGCGAUGCCUACAAGAUGAACUAUAA